UAGUCCCUGACUUAUAUUUUAAUUCAUAAUAGUCCCUAACUUUACCUCCGUUAUGCAAAUAAGUCCCUGCUGUUAAAAUCUAAUUUCCUCCGUUAGUCAAAUGUCUAUUUGGCAAAUGUAAGCAUCCAAUGUGGCAGGUUUGAGUCCAAGUCAGCAAUAUUAUGUGGCAAGGCAAGGACUGAAUUGAAAAAUUAGGUUUAAAAGAAAUCAAAAAUGAAGUAAACCAUUUUCCCUUUCACUGUUGCUCUUCCCUCCCCUGCAUUCUCGUGAUUGAGGGUUCGCGCUUUUUGUCAGAAUGAAUGACAAUAUAACUUUAGUAUUGCACCAUGGAGGAAGAUUCACUCCACGUGCCAGUGAUGGAAAGGUUGAAUAUAUAGGCGGAGAAUUUGACGUUUGGGAGGAUAUAUCUGCAGAUUGCCUGAAUGCAUUUAUCUUAUAUGAUUUGGUGAAAGCUUGUAAGAAGUAUAGUACUAUAGGAGAAUGUUUUUGGUUGAUUGAUAAGGACUUAGAUUUUAAUCAUGGGUUAAGGAGUUGUACAACUGAUGGAGAUAUAUUACACUUAGUUAGGGAUGCUUUUGAAAAUGAGAAUGAGAUAAAUGUUUAUUUUCAUCAUGAAGUAGAUCCAAUUUUAGAAGAAGUCCCACAAAUGUUGUACUUGGAAUGGGAUCCAAUUCGAAAAGCUGUUGAGAAUGAGGAUGAUUUAGAUGAUGUACCUGUUGUUGGCCAUGAGGAAGAUGUUGGUGCUGGAGAGCAGACAGAUGCUGGUGCUGGAGAGCAGACAGAUGCUGGUGAGCAGAUGGAUGCUGGUAAGCAGAGGGAUGGUGGUGAGCAGAGGGAUACUGAUGCUGGUGAGCAAAGACAUGGUAGUGAGCAGAGGGAUACUGAUGGUGAAGAGAAAGAUGUUGCUGAUAGUGAGGAGGAAAAGGAAGUUGACAGUGAUGAGACAGAUGCUGAGCAGAUGGAUGCUGGUAAGCAGAGGGAUGGUGGUGAGCAGAGGGAUACUGAUGCUGGUGAGCAAAGACAUGGUAGUGAGCAGAGGGAUACUGAUGGUGAAGAGAGAGAUGUUGCUGAUAGUGAGGAGGAAAAGGAAGUUGACAGUGAUGAGACAGAUGCUGAGUGGUUUAUAAAUUUCUCUUGUAUGUUGAAUGAAGUUGAAGCUGAAGUUGAGACAGAUGGUUAUCAUUCAGAGGAGCUUAAUAUCCCCAUUAGUAGUGAUGAUGAAGAUGAGGAUGUUGAAGUUUAUCCUCAAUAUAGUCAAAGUAGUGGAGUUGGUGAACAGAAGUUGGAAUUAGGGAUGGAGUUUGGUACUCUAGAUGAAUUUAAAUCUGCCUUGAGGGAGUAUAGCAUAUUGAUGGGCAGGGAGUUCAAGUGGAAGAAGAAUGAUAAACAGAGGGCUAGAGCAAAAUGCAAGAAGGCAUUUUGUGAUUGGGAAAUCUACUGUGCAAAGAAUGAAGUUAGAAACUCUUUUCAGAUAAAGACAUUUAAGCAUAACCAUAAUUGCUGCAGAGAAGUGAACAACAAACAAGCAAAUAGACAGUGGGUGGUCAGUAAACUUGAGGGCAAACUCAGAAUGCAGCCAACCCUUAAAUGUGUUGAAGCUUUGGAAUAUUUCAAGCAAGAGUUUGGAGUGCACAUUGAAGUUACAAAGAUGUGGAGAGCCAUGAAAGAAGCAAAGCAAUUAGUGGAAGGGAAUGAGAGGAAACAAUAUGCCAAAGUAUUUGAUUAUGCACAUGAAUUGUUGAGGAGCAAUCCUGGAUCAACAGUUAAGAUCAACACAGUGCCAAGUCCAAAAGGUCCACCACAAUUUCAGAGGCUAUAUAUUUGUCUUGCUGGCUGUAAGAAGGGGUUUGUUGCUGGAUGUAGACCAUUCAUAGGUCUAGAUGGAUGUUUCCUAAAGAGUGCAUUUGGAGGAAACUUGCUCUCUGCUGUUGGGCUUGAUGGCAAUAACCACAUCUAUGUUAUUGCUUAUGCUGUUGUGGACAUUGAGAACAAAGACAAUUGGAAAUGGUUUUUAACUUUGUUGCAUGAAGAUCUUGGGGAUUACAUACAGAAUGGGUGGAAUUUCAUGUCAGACAUGCAAAAGGGACUUAUUCCAGCUUUACAGGAAGUCAUGCCUGGUGCACCUCAUAGAUUUUGUGUCUUGCAUCUUUGGAAAAAUUUUACAAAGCAAUGGAAAAGCAAGGAACUUAAAGGAAUUGUGUGGCAAUGUGCAAAAUCCACUACUGUUGCUGAGUUUGAAGGCCAUAUGGCCCAUUUGAAGACAAUCAACUGCCAGGCUUGGGAGUAUUUGAAUAAAUGGCCCAAACAAGCAUGGACAAAAGCCCACUUCAGUACAACACCCAAGGUGGACAAUAUAUGCAACAACACUUGUGAGGUAUUCAAUUCCAGAAUUCUGCAGUAUAGAUGCAAGCCUAUUAUCACAAUGCUUGAAGAAAUUAGAAGUUAUAUCAUGAGAACCAUGGCUGCCCGCAAGGUUAAACUUUCUGGAAAACCUGGACCAUUAUGUCCAGUGCAGUAUAAAAGACUAGAAAAAGAAUUCCAUUUUGCUAAUCAAUGGACUCCCAUUUGGUGUGGUGAUAACAUGGGCCUGAGAUAUGAGGUCCACAUGUGGGGGAAUAAGGUUGAGGUCAAUUUAGGUGAAUGGACAUGCACUUGUGGAGUAUGGCAACUAACAGGGAUGCCAUGCCGACAUGCCAUUGCAACAAUAACUCACAAAGGAGGGAAGCCUGAGGACAUGUGUCAUGAGUGGCUGUCAAUAGAAGCUUAUAAUAAGACAUACCAGCAUUUUAUUGAACCAGUCCAAGGACCACAAUAUUGGGCCCAGACACAGUAUACACACCCUGUUCCACCACAUAAAAAGGUCCAAAGAGGAAGGCCAAAGAAAAAUAGAAGGAGAUCUGUAGAUGAGGACAAUGUCACAGGACAUAAGCUAAAGAGGAAAUUGGCUGAGUUUACAUGUGGAAGGUGUGGCCAAACCAAUCAUAACAUUAGAAGCUGUAAAAAUAUUGGAGUUCCUGUUAGGCCAAAGAAAUAUGUUGCACCAUCAACUUCCAAUGAGGAUGACCACCUAUUAUCUCAAGAUGAACAAGCUUUGAAUGAGGCUGAAGAAGCUGCUGCUCAUGUUCAACAAGAUCCGGUGGAGAUUAAUUUAUCUCAGCCUCAUUUGUCACAAGAUAGUGACAUGGAGGUCCCUGCAACUAUUGUUCCACCAAUAGCAAGGAAUAAGCUAGCCAUAACAAGAGCCAAAAAAAGGAAGGUUGCUGAUAAAGAUGAUGCAGAAAACUGAAGAACCAUUUUUUGUUGCAUUUUGAAGGUUGCUGAAGACCCAUUUUUUGUUGCGCAUUUUGAAGGUUGCUGAGUUUGAAGGUUGCUGAUGAAGAAAACUGAAGAAGCAUUUUUUGUUGCAUUUUGAUAUUAGGAUGUGUAGUUGUAUAUUUUGAAAGCUUCACUGGCAUGUGAAAUGAUGUCAAAUAUUAGGAUGUGUAGUUGUAUAGUUUGAAGGCCUACUGAACAAUUGCUUCUAACUACCAUGCUUUGGGAUGUCAAAUAUUAUGUGAAAUUGAUCUAAAGUCAUGUUUCUUCUCUUUCUUUUAUAAAUUAUACACUGUGUUGGAUU